AUGCUCCCUGUCGCUUUUAAGGGAGCCACAAAAGAUUGGCUGAAGGCAUUACCACCAGGCGCGGUAACAACAUGGGCACGGAUGCGUGAACUAUUUUUGGAACAAUUUUGCCCACCAUCCAAGGUGGCUAAGCUCAAAAAGGUCAUCACUAACUUUGAACAACAAUUGGAGGAAUCAUUAUAUGAAGCUUGGGAACGUUAUAAAGGUCUAAUAGGGAAUUGCCCCCAAAAUGACCUAAAUGUGCAGCAAGAGGUCUCGAUCUUUUAUGAUGGGGUGAACGUCACCACCCGCCAACUUCUUGACUCUCAAGGCCCUCUUACUAAGAAAAAUCUAGCAGAAAUUAAGCAACUUAUUGAAGAUUUCUCUAAACACUCUAGAGAAUACCAUAAUCCACGGAAUGAUGUGACAAGGGGUUCAGCAAAUGCUGCUUCAGAGGAUAUGUCAGCGAUGAAAAUGGAAACCGGAAGGUCCAAGCUUGCUACUCAAGUGGCUCGUCUAGAUGAAGACUGGAAAAAGCCUAAGAAGAAGAAGUGGUUGCCCUAUGAUGAGUAUAAAAAGGCCAAGGAAGAAAAGCAUGAGGUAACGGAAGCAGCAAUUAAAGAGCAACAAUUAGCAAUCAAAGAGCAACAACUUAUGAUGAAGGAACAGCAGGAGAUGAUGAAAAACCAGCAAGCACUCUUGAGAAAUCAGCAAGCUUCGAUCCUAAAUAUAGAUAAACAACUUGGGCAACUAGCUACUCAAUUCAAUGAAAGAGCACCGGGAGGACUUCCGGGAAAUACCGAACAAAACCCAAGAGGAGCACACAUCCAAGCCAUCGCCACUAGAAGUGGGAAAAUUAUCACUCACUUAACCCCUAUUGACAGAAACGAACCUGAAGCAGAACAGGAAGGACAAGAAGAAAAUAAAGAUAACAAGUCUGGGCGAUCACCACGACGUGGUGGAUCUGCCACGGCGUGGCAAGACUCUGAGGAGAAAAAUACCAAGCCGGCGAAGACAUAUCGUCCACCACUUGCUUUCCCAAGCAGAGCAAUUCAAGAGAAGCAUGUUGAAGAUUACCGGAAGUUCUUAGAUCACAUAAAAUCUCUUGAAAUCAACAUUCCAUUCCUUGAGGCUUUAGUUGAAAUGCCCAAGUAUGCCAAGUUUUUGAAAGACCUAUUGACAAACCGCAAGAAAAUGGAAGGAUUAUCAAAAGUUGUACUAAACGAAACUUGCUCUGCUGCUAUGCUAAACAUGCUACCAAAGAAGAUGGGGGAUCCAGAGAGCAUAACUUUACCGUGCCAAUUCGGGAAUCUAGCAACAAGUCAUGCUCUAGCCGACUCAGGAGCAAGUGUCAACUUGAUGUUAUACUCAUUCUUCAAAAAGCUUGAUCUUCCCGAACUGAGACCAGUCCGCAUGGUUAUCCAUCUAGCCAAUAAGACUAUGACCUUCCCAAGGGGCAUUUGUGAAGACCUACUAGUGAAAGUAAACAAGUUCCUUUUCCCCACGGAUUUCAUUGUGUUGGAUAUAGAGGAAGAUGAGCAAGUCCCGAUCAUUCUUGGAAGACCAUUUUUGAGCAAUACCCGAGAUUUAGUUGAUAUAAGGGAAUACAAGCUUACAUUACGUGUUGGAGAGGAAGUGGUGACUUUUGGAGUUAAUCAGGCGAUCAAACAUUCAAGGAUGAGUGAUGAUACAGCGUUUUCCGUUGAUGUGUUGGAUGAAAUAUUGGAAAAAGAAUCAGUGGGUUGGAAAGAAAAAGAAAAUGAGGGAUUUAUGGUGCUUGAUGAAGGAAAUUUUGAUCCUGAAUUCGACCUUCAAGAAUUGGAGAAGUUAUUGGAAGAAGGGGAGUACAAUGAAGCAAUGCAAGAGACAGAAGACACAACACGACGUGGUAAGAGUGCCACGACGUGGCAAAGUUUUUUUUUCUCGAUCUGGAAUUAA